CAGCGCCACCUACCGCAAUAGAUGAUCACUAAAGUGCACAAUUUACGUUUUAAAUUGAUGAUUUCACUCAAAAUAUACUUACAAGACAAAAGGCUUAUUCAGGAAGAAUUCCCCGUUCAUUUAGACUGUGGAUGGCAGUCUUUGUCCAGAGUAUUUGUGCAUGGCAUUUUUUCACCAGUGUAUUAGCUUUUUCCCAUUAUUUAUCUUAGAUGAAUUUUGUUGUUCGAAAGGUACGGCCAGAGGUUUGCUUUCUGGACUAAUGAAGCCAGAACCUGCUCCAGGGAACCCUGAAGCCUAUUUACAGAGUACCAAGGCGGGGUGCCGUCACUGAUGACGUUACGCUCCAUAUGCAGGCUGUCACUGAACGCACUGCAAAGGAAACCAGACUGGUGGACUUCAUUAUCCAGUCAAAGGGAGCUGAGCAGCAUUUGGUGGAUGUACUUAGUGGCAAACGCUCUACUUGGAUUCAUCAGAAGUCUUGUUGCCAGAUGCCUCUCUACCUGGAUAGUGAGGAACAACACGACAAGCUUGUUGCAUUCUUAAAGACUGUACUCCACAGAGGACCAACACAACUGAGCUUCACAGAUGAAGUGCUGUUCAUCUGUCAUGUUCUCUUUCCAGAGACCAUCAUAUAUGGCCUGUCUAUGCAGGACAAUCUGUCCCUGCAGGAAGCUGAGCAGGUCUUCUUCAGUGGUCCAGCUUACCAUCAAAGGUAAGGGUAAAGGAUGGAUUUUUUAAAAUUUACACAAUGCACUAAAAUGUUUUUGUUUUUUAACUGUUUACUAAUACAAGUAGUUGCCACCUUCGUUAAAGCGUACCAAUGUUUGUGAAUGUAUCCUUUUUAAGUGUUACCAGUAUUUCUGUCAAGCCUGUAGUGAUAAUGUAGUCUGACUCUUUCAGUGAAGUGGAGGAAUUUUGUAGACGGAUUAAAAAAGACCUGAAGAAAGAAGGCAGACUGUUCGGUUGAUAAGUGGUGCUCAUUUCAAAAGGAGGUGUAUUGGCAUGAAAAGUUAAAAAUAAAAUCCAUUUUACCAAAGUAAAUAAGUGAAAUAUGUACAGUGUAUCAGAUAUAUCAGUGCUAUAUCGACUUAUGCUUAUUAAUUUCUAUCUGUGUGUCUCUAUCAGGAGGAAGUGAGAUCAGAGGUUUUGCAGCGGGAGCUAUAGACUUCACUUACUUGUGUGUGUGUGUGUGUGUGUG